CACAGUAGCUCGGCUUUAGCUGUAAUUUCAAACAUGAAGCCAGUGAAGCCGUUAAUUCUGAAGACAUACGGGAGGCAGAGGCGACAGCUGACCGCUUGGAUUUCACCUGAUGACCGCAAGCAGGCCUUCGAUAGCACCCUCUCAACGGACGGUGACAUCUCCGUCUUUGAACCCGCAGAACCUGCGAGGAAAAGAAACACAAGAACCAGUGCUGGUGUUCAUAGAGCUGCACGUCCUGUCAAGAAAAACACAAUCCUAUGUCUGACAGAGAAGAGCUGGGAUGAGGAGAAUAUCAGCAAUGAAGAGAACGUCAUCAUCUACUCUCAUCCCGACCCUCAACCUGCUCAGCAGAGCAAGAAAACAAGAGGGAGGAAGUCUUGUGUCGUCACUGGUAGAGUUAGCCGUCCUGCCAAGAGAAAAGCUGUGUUAUGUCUGACAGAGAACAACAGUGAUGAGGAGAACAUCAGCAGACCCUCUCCUCCAUGCCCUCAGCUGGCUCAGCAGAGCAAGACGACCAGGAAAAGCCAACUCAUGUCUGUUCCAGAAGUCAUGAUGAGGCGGAAAGGCCGACAGGUUCUAAUGACCAGCGAGAGUGAGGAAGACUCGAUGUCUGCACCAAAAUGUCCCAAAAAUUCAUUUCAGAUGAAGAGAGACUCUAAUGUUCAUCCUCGUUCUGUGGGACGCUUUGUAACCCGCCGCAGACGUGGGACUUCCGCCAAACCCAAACUCCCUAAAGCAAUAGUCAGUAUACUCAACUCAUCAGAUGACUUUACGUCUGGAGGGUUGUGUUCCAGUGGUAUCCUUCAGCCUUCCAGGAGGAGGAGGAGGAGGGUCCUUCCAGCAGUUUUGCUGUCGAGUGCGGAGAACUCAAUGAAUGCUGCGGGGACUUCCAGCUUCGCAACCAACCCCCUUCGAGAGAUAUCCAUCAAUGAGUCGGCAGAUCACAGCCUCGGACCCUGCUCCCGGAAACCCAUCUUUUGCUCUACACCCUCAGCAGGCUCCUUCAGCCAACGUCCACACCUUAAACUCUUUCCCAUCAAUGAUAAGUCCUCUACUUCUCCGUCCAUGUCAGUGAGCUGUAUAGGCCCCACUGGACUCCACUCUGUUGAGAAGUUGCAGUCAAGCCUUGGUGAGCAAGAACCAGACUUGCAUCACCAUGAAGAACCCUCCGGUGAUUUAUUAAUGGGGCCCGAGAGCUCUAACAAGAGAAGCGGCUGUAGUGAGGAAGCCAAAAGCCACAGUCAAAACUCAAAGACAAAGUAUGGUGGGAAAUUUCCAAGUCUAAAUCUGCUCUCUACAGACGGUGAAAGCAGCAGUGAUUUUGUGUCAGCAGCAGGAGGGUUAGAGUGGCUGAUAGAGGCUCUGAAGGAGAAAUGUUUGACCGAGCUCUGCACAGUGCAGUUGGAGAGAUUAGACAGCGUCACUGUGACUCAGCUUUGCAGUCAAACAACCUACUCAUCCUGUUUGGGGCUGUCAAGCUCAGUUCACAGCCAGCAAACAAAUAAAUAUUCACUGUCUGUGGAGAGUAGUCAAACUGCUGACCUUUUGCAGUCUUCAGAAAUAUCAUUUAAUCUUCAUUUAUCUGUGACAAACAAUAAAAUCGGAGAUUAUUUACAACCAGUAAGUAGUUUUGAGUCUCCUAAACAGGAAGCUUCAGUGACUGACAGUUUACCAUCAAUUGACUGUAAGCAGUCAGCUGAGUACUCACCAGCAUCAGUACAGAGCAGUGUUCAGCUUGUCAUGGGCACACAAUUGCCAGCCACCAGCCCUGUACAAACACUGUUUACUGAAGAGGAGGUUGUAGGAAUAAAAGACAAAUGUCUUGCUAAGAAAUGCGCCAUUCAGCUAAAAAAAUUAUCACAAUCGACUGUUAAACAACUCAAAGGGUUCACAAAGCAGAAAAAUGCACGUAUGACCUAUGACGUUAGGUCUGUUAAUCCAGAUGCAGACAAGUCUAAAAAGGACCACACACACGACAUCGACAACCCAGAAGAGCUCACAUGUUCAGGAGAAACCACUGAGGGAAUGAUGCUGUCUGUUAGACGGUCAGUAAACAGCAGCAGUGCAGCAGCCCGGACACAGUCCAGUGAUCCAGAAACAGAAGAAAAGACAGCGGUGCUCAAGACGAUGCUGAAGGAGAAAUGUCUAUCUGACAAGCCCACUGUUGAGAUAAAGAGAGUAACUUCAUCACAGUUGAAAGAAAUUCUGCAGCUGAAAGACAAAAAGCUUGAAUAUUUCACAGUUGUGUCAGACUCAGCCAGUGAUGAACUGGUAGAGAAUGACCACCAGUCUGAGAAUGAUACUGAUGUCCAUGAUGAAGACACUUCUGUUAAAGUCAAUACAAAAAAGAGGAGCUCAACUAGUUCUGAAUACAGGAUUGCCUCAGACAAAGAAGAAGUUGUCAAGAGCUCCUGUAACAUUCCGUCCAAAAGAAGAAAGAAGUCUCUGGCUCCAAAAGAAAAGAAGAGGAGGAGCACAUCUGCAGACAGACCUGGGACGACCAGGAAGGCCUGUGUGAGCGGUCUGAGUGUGAGUCGCUGGAAAAACAAAGGCAGCGCCAGCACAAGCAGGUGGGCAGGCGGCGCCAAGUCUGUGGACUGCAGCAUCAAUGAGCUGAUCUCCAUGCAACACAAACAGCCAAGGGAGGUUGGAACAGCCAUGAAUUUCUCCACCCCGGUGAGAGCGGGUCCGCUCAACCUCUCGUCUCUGUUGGCUGACUUCACACCAAACACACACACCUGGAGCCGACUCAAGGCCGCCCUCUCUGUUCACCGCAAAGUGCUACUCACUCCGAGGGGUUUACAUCUGUCAGGCUCUCCUGGAAGGACGGCUCUUGCAGACGUCAGCCAGGACCUCUUUGCCACACCCUUGCGGACGCCGCUCCAUAAACGUCUCCAGUCACAGCUGUACCAUAGUUCUCUGGUACAACACAUGCCUGUGUGUGAGGAUGCAGAUCUGUCGGAUGAAGAGAAGGUGUGUGCUGAGUGUUGCCAGCAGCAACCUCUGCCCUGGGAGGAGUGCAUUCUCCCUCACCGUAUGAAACAGUGUGUUAAGAUUGGGGAGGGGACCUUCGGUGAGGUCUUCUCCACCACCAACGCCUCAGGAGACACUGUUGCUCUCAAAAUAAUUCCAGUAGAGGGCAGUGAGAAGGUGAACGGAGAGGACCAGAAGACGUUUGGAGAGAUUCUCCAUGAGAUUAUUAUCUCAAAGGAGCUGAGCAGCCUGAAAGAGAAGCAGCACAACCAGACUCGCGGCUUUAUUGGACUCAAUGAUCUCCACUGCGUUCAAGGCUGCUACCCUCCAGAUUUCCUGAAUGCUUGGGACACGUUUGACCAAAAGAAAGGCUCUGAGAAUGACAGACCAGAUUUCUUUGAAAAGGAUCAGUUAUUCAUAAUCCUGGAGUUUGAGUUUGGAGGCAUCGAUCUAGAGAACAGCAAUGGAACGCUGGCGUCUAUAGGGGUGGCAAAGAGCAUCCUUCAUCAGGUUACUGCUGCCUUGGCUGUGGCUGAGCAGGAGCUACACUUUGAACACAGGGACCUCCACUGGGGCAAUGUGCUGGUCAAAACAACCAGGCAGAAGAAGGGGAGCUUCCUCCUGAAUGGAACGGCCCACUCUCUGGAAACCAAGGGAGUGCUGGUCCGCAUCAUUGACUACUCUCUCUCCAGACUAGAGAUCGAUGAUCUGACGGUGUCCUGUGACAUCUCGAAGGACGAGGAGCUUUUCAUGGGCCAGGGAGAUUACCAGUUUGAUAUCUACAGACUGAUGAGACAGGAGAAUGGAAACAACUGGAAUGACUUCCACCCCCAUACCAACGUGCUGUGGCUCCACUACCUGUGCUCCAAGCUGCUUUCCAUGAAGUACCGGGGCUCAGGAGGGAGGGGUGCCAAGGACACGCGAGAGGAGCUCACUCGUUUCUAUGACAACAUCCUCCAGUACAGCUCUGCCACUGAGGCGCUGCACAACUACCCCAUGUUUCAGUAGUAUGUGAGCUCCGAACAUAUGAAGUGUGAAGAAGCUCGGCUAGAGACUGUUUAUUAGUAUGAAGGAGGUACAAUGCAUGUGGAUCAUCGUAAGUCAGCUUCCUUUAGUCAGCAGUCGGCCGGUCACUCCUUAUGACCUCUGAUAUGUAAAGACGGUUAUUGAUUCCUUUGUAACACAAUGACAGAGAUGGAGGUCACUUAAUGUACAGUGUGUGCAGAACUGUCAUUUGACAAAGGUGAUUAAAAUUACCAUGUGGAAGUUAUCUAUUCAUGUGUUUUUAAUGGAGCUUAUUUAUACCUGUUUUUG